AAAAAGCAUAUUUUAAAUAUAUUUUUUCUGCACUCAUAUUUCUCCACGACACACAAAGGGAUUACGUGUGCUUGUUGAUGAGAAUAUGUUCACUAAUUGGUUAACGGGAACGACUGGCUCAAAUAGUGGCACUGGUAACGGCGACAUACCAACGGCUAGCAGUAACAUUAGUAAUGGCAAUACAGUUUCGGUAAAUGCAGAGCCUGUUAUGCUGCCGAUUGAUACUGUCGCUGCGGCUGCUGGAUCUGUGGCGUCUAGCAUUAUGUCCACGCCGCCUGAUGUAGUGCUCGAAGUAGGUCCAGCCGGUCCGACCAGUGUACGCUUUGUAGCACACAGUAUAGUGUUAGGCAUGCACAGCGGUUAUUUGCGUUCUGCAAUUCGUCUGGACGAGAGUGCGGCCAUUGUUGGCGCGGGCAAUGAGUUAGUUUUAUAUCUGGGCAAUGUGACCGCAGAGCAAUUCAGCCCAUUGCUCACCUAUAUGUAUACCGGAUACUUAGAUUUGAGUGUGGAAAAUAUAUUUGGUGUGCUUCUGGCCACACAUGUACUUCAUAUGCCACGUGCAUUAGAAAUUUGUCGUUCCUUUUUAACACGAGCUCAGUCCGAAGGCUAUUUAGCGAGCAAUCCUUUGGCCGCCCAAUUAUCAGGUGGUGCAAACUCAUGUUCGAAGGUCAUACGCCCCAUACCCAGUAAGGCUACUCUCCCAAAUUUCGGUUUCGUACCCCUCGUCGCGACACAUCAGCUUCAACAGUCCCAAACUACCAUAGCAUCCAAUAACAGCCAAAACUUCAAGCAGUUACCACAGGUAUACGACAACUCUCCCGCAAUGGCUGUACGCAACCGUUGUGGUAUACUGCGCCCACCGAGCAGCAUAGAAAUUGACAUUGACCACACAUCGCCUAUGCAACAAGCGGAUGUUGACGACGAUGACGAAGACGUUGAAGUCUUCAUCGACAACAACACAGAGUCUGAUGCAGACGGUGAGCUGGACUGCACCAUUUCAGUGACUUCGCACUCUUCUCAGCGCGAUAAGGACACUGCUGACAGAAAGCACGAGUCUAGCGACAGCAAAGUGGAGCAUGAAAUUAUCUUAACAGUUGCUGAAGCGCCAGUUACACUAGCUAAAGCGCGUACCGAACGCGACAAAGAAAUAGCGCGUAACAAGUCGGUUAACGAUGGAACAACCGCAAACAACACAAACAAACGUGAUCGACGCAAGCAAACACGUACAUAUCACAAGUCAGGAAGCUCCCGCGUGUCUGGCCUACAAGUUGCCAACGCUCCCAUACCCGCUUCUCAACUUGAUAACAACGAAAGCUCGAAAGUAAUAAUUGACGUCGCGAGCUGUGAUGGCCCAGUGCGUUUCAGACGCAUACUCAACACAGCAUACGGUCACAAGCCGGAGGACUAUGCGGUAAUGCCAGAGCGAACUCAACAAAGCGUUUCUCUUUCCUUUCACCAACAGAUGGCAAAAGCGAUCAGUCAGCACAGACAACUCGCCACAGCCAAUGAAGAAUCCGAAAAUAGUGAAUCCAGCGGCGGUGCUGGUAAUAUUGCGAGUGUUGGUGUUGGUGGUACUGGCAAUGGGAAGCACAAUAAGAACGCUAACAAUGAUAUUUAUGUCUGUGUCUAUUGUAAACACACGUUUAAAUCACAAUAUUGCUACCAGAAGCACGCGAAGCGCCAUCUCAAUCCGCUCAGUCUCAAUUGUGCGGCAGCCACUGCAGCUGCCACCAAUCUCGGAGCAGCAACAGAUACCGAUGACAAAGCAACACCAUCAACUAAGUCUACACCAUGUGCUGGUGCUGGUUACGAUUUAACUGGUGGCGCUGGUAUUCCAGUACGGAUAGCGACAAAUAAACAAGGCGCAUGCGAGUUGCUACGCCGCGAAGUGCGUCCGCUGGACAUGAAUGUGCAAUACUACCCAUGUAAGACAUGUGGCAGUAAAUUUCCCAGCUAUUAUUUCGUCCACAAACACCGGAAGAUGUGUCAUGCCGAAGAGGAGGCCGCAGCCGCGGCAGAUGCCACGAGCAAACGCGAAAACGGUAAUGGGAAUGGUGGAGGUGAGAGUAAGCGUGAAAAAUCGGCAGAGGUCCCUAUGGAGUAAUAACAACGUGUAUACAAAAAUUCGGGAAAAAUAUUUCAUAAUGCAAAUAUCUGCUGACCAAAAAUUAGCAACGAAAUUGGUUGUUGCAAUUAUUUAUAAGACUAUAAUAAAU